AUUUGGGCACCACAAUCACCCGUUAAUUUGGAGGGGGAUUCCCCAAGUACUUAACCAUAGCUUAUCCCUCAGGCUGGAAUUAACAACAUCAAGUCCGUCAAAGACCUUUUGGAAGAAUCAUAUACCCAGAGAUGACCCUUACAUUUCACAUUCGUCCGGCUAACGUAGAUGAUGUGGACGCCAUGCUCAAGUUGGUACAGGAUCUUGCGACGUAUGAAAACGAACCCGAGUCCGCAAGGGCUACCCCUGCUCUGUUUCGAGAAAAUAUAUUCGAAAAGAAAUAUGCGCACACCCUCCUCGCGUUUGAUGGGACGCCCGAGGCACCCGGAAUAGCAUUGGGAAUGGCGCUGUAUUUCUUCAAUUUUUCAACGUGGACAGGCAAGCCUGGCCUCUUUCUUGAGGACUUGUAUGUAUCCCCGGAUGCAAGAAAUAAGGGCAUUGGUAAAGCCCUCUUCGCGGAGCUGGGCAAGGUAGCGCAGGAGAAGGGCUGCGCACGCCUCGAUUGGUCGGUACUCAAGUGGAACACGCCAUCGAUCGCAUUUUAUGAAAAAAAAUUGGAGGCUAAAGCAAUGGAAGAAUGGAUGGGUAUGCGGCUGGAGGAACAGGGAAUCGAGAAUCUGCAGAAGCUCGCCGUCUACGCAGCCUGAAAGAAUUGAAACAGGGUCUUCUAUAUCCCGGGCAAGUAAUAGCAUAGGUACCGUUGCGCAAUGCGAUGUCAGGGUGUCUCUGUAUGACGCACGAGCUGAUCAAAAGACUUAUCGGACCUCAGGCGCAGUCGAUGCGCAAUACAAGUGGUAAAUGAGUC